CCGCAUCGCAGAGAACAACGGAAACAUGUGCGUCCACUUGAUCGCCCACAAGGGAGCCACUGUCACCGUGGCUUGCAUUGUCCCCUAGCUUCUUCCCCGCGGAGGCCCUUCCAAGCCCUUGUAAGUCACACCCAUCACAUCCCUGAUGAACACACGUCGUCAAACCAACCGGAAGGCCGGAAGGACCGAUCAGAUUCCCUUUGUUAUAUACACACCCACUUGAGAUCUGGACUACAUAAGAGACCUCGCCACUCGCCAUCUUCAUCUUCACAUUCGACCUUGAGCACCGGCUUGCUUAGAGGACUGACGCGCUUUGAACCCCCACUGCUACUCUAUCUUUCGCAAGAGCAUUCGGAACAACACAAACCUCUGCUAGAUAUCGAUCUCACCAUGAGUGCCGUCGACAAGUCCCAUCCCAGCGCCAAGGCGCCCCAGAAGACCAUGCUGAAUCUGGGGAACCUCCCCCCCAAGCUGAAGGCUUCUGAACUCAAGGCCAAUGCCAACCAAUACCCCCGUACUCCUUCUCGUGUCAACCCUAGUAUGUCAUAUCUUGUCCCGAGCCUGCUCAAAAGCUGACAUCUAUACAGACCAGCCUCCUUGGCCUGCCUGUAUGUCCUGCCGAUCAAUCACAUUCUUCCCAGAUCCGCAUUGACCAUUCCGCAGACCGUGGCUACCACGAAUACUCUUUCGCUCAUGUAAGUACACUGCAUUUAGUCUACAUCACCAUCCCAUCCUGAUAUGUGCGCAGGCGACUAUGGGCGUACGACUGCCUACUAUUUUGGGCAAGGCUAUCGAUGAUGUCUGGAAGACUAUCAAUCAAGAGUACGACGAGGACCGUAUCGUCGAUCUUAUCAACUGCAUCAAGCGAAUGGAAAACCUCAUGAACGAUCUUCAAGGCAACAGCAAGCUGCGCCCCAUCAUUGACGACGGCGCGGGAGACGUUGCUCUCUGGAACAAGGAAAUUGCCAAGUUUUUCCGAGGCAAGGACUUUAUGAAUGCCCCCUGGCUCUUCGCCGAGGCCUACAAGUACAGAAGGUUAAGGGAGUGCUUCUCUCUUUCCAAGUACUGGGUUGAUUAUGAUGUCUUCUUCCGCCAGAAGUGCGACACCUUCUCUCGAUCCAACACUGCCGUCUUUGAACUGUCUCAGCGGUUCCAGGAGCCUCGAACUCAUGAUGCGGGUAUCUCUGCGGAGGAAAAGCUUGAAAAGGACAAACUCUUGUUCCUCGAACUCACCCAAGUCUGCUUGUGGGGUAACUCCACCGAUUUGUCUCUUUUGAUCGACAUGACCGAGGAAGACAUCAAGAAGCUGCAAUCUACCGGUGGUGACCAUCUUGCCGCCACGGAAAAGAACAUUUUGGGUAAUGACCUCCACAAGCUCGCCGACUAUGUCACCAAGCUCAAGGGCGGCCGAAUCGACUUUGUCUUGGACAACGCCGGUUUUGAACUCUACUGUGACAUGGUCUACGCCGACUGGCUUAUUCAAAGUGGUAUUUGCAACCAAGUCAUCUUCCACGGUAAGAAGAUCCCUUGGUUCGUUAGUGAUGUGACCAAGAAGGACUGGGAUUGGAUUCUCAACUCUUGUGUCUACGGUCACCUCUUUGAGGAGGCUUCGGAUGCCGAAGUCGAGUCUUUGAGGACUCUUGGUCACAGAUGGAAGCAGUACGAGAAGGAGGGCAAGUGGAAGUUCGAGGCCCACCCCUUCUGGUGCACUGGUUACACUUUCUGGGAUCUUCACUCCGAAGCCCCUGAUCUCUUCCAGCACCUCUCCGAUUCCGACCUCGUCAUCUACAAGGGUGAUCUCAACCACCGAAAGCUCACCUAUGACUGUCACGCUCCUUUCGACACUGCCUUUGCCGCCGCCAUCGGUCCCCUCGCUUCCGAAGCUGGCGCGCCCCCCGUCUGUUCCUUGCGAACCAUCAAGUCUGACGUCGUCGUUGGACUUCCUUCUGGUGUCGGCGAGAAGCUUGAUGAGGAGGAGCCGGGAUGGAAGAUCUCGGGCAAGUACGCCGUUGUAUUGCUCUCUGAAGGUAGAAAGGGUGAGGCUCCUGUCUUUGUGAAGGAUUAGGGACCAAGUGAGAAUAAGGUGUAUAAAGAGAGAAUUGGUUCGAAAGAAGUUUAUCGAUAGAUUAUUUCCACUCGCGUCUGCA